AUGACGACAGAGCCAACGUCAACAACUGAACCACUGAGUUCAACGACAGCAGCGUAUACGACGUCUACUACUGCAGAGCCUUGGAUGACGACAGAGCCAACGUCAACAACUGAACCACUGCCUUCAACGACAACAGCGUAUACGACGUCUACUACUGCAGAGCCUUGGAUGACGACAGAGCCAACGUCAACAACUGAACCACUGAGUUCAACGACAGCAGCGUAUACGACGUCUACUACUGCAGAGCCUUGGAUGACGACAGAGCCAACGUCAACAACUGAACCACUGAGUUCAACGACAGCAGCGUAUACGACGUCUACUACUGCAGAGCCUUGGAUGACGACAGAGCCAACGUCAACAACUGAACCACUGCCUUCAACGACAACAGCGUAUACGACGUCUACUACUGCAGAGCCUUGGAUGACGACAGAGCCAACGUCAACAACUGAACCACUGAGUUCAACGACAGCAGCGUAUACGACGUCUACUACUGCAGAGCCUUGGAUGACGACAGAGCCAACGUCAACAACUGAACCACUGCCUUCAACGACAACAGCGUAUACGACGUCUACUACUGCAGAGCCUUGGAUGACGACAGAGCCAACGUCAACAACUGAACCACUGAGUUCAACGACAGCAGCGUAUACGACGUCUACUACUGCAGAGCCUUGGAUGACGACAGAGCCAACGUCAACAACUGAACCACUGAGUUCAACGACAGCAGCGUAUACGACGUCUACUACUGCAGAGCCUUGGAUGACGACAGAGCCAACGUCAACAACUGAACCACUGAGUUCAACGACAGCAGCGUAUACGACGUCUACUACUGCAGAGCCUUGGAUGACGACAGAGCCAACGUCAAACAAAUCGUACUGA